AUGGCAUACUACUUUCUCCGAACCGAUCAAUGGACUGACGCCUGUUCUGUAGUCGAUUCAUGGGUCGAGAUAUCUUCACAACCAUCCUCGUCCUCCCUAUCCUCGAUUGGCGACGAGAUCGUGACCACGGGCCUCAGAGUGCAGGAUCACCAAGGCACAAGGCGCCAAGGAGCACUUAGAACGGGCGUACCGUCAAAUCUACGCCUCAUUAGAACUCCCAGCGUGGGCGCCAACAGCAGUCAGGAAGAGUAUGAGGAGAGCGAAAGCGAGUCAGACAGAGUUAUGACAUCUUCUACUGAGGGCCCCAUAAUGGCACCAAGGGCAAACAGGACGACUUCGACCUCCAGACAGCAGGACGAUCGUACAUCGGAUGACGAUGACGAGAACAGGACUGCGAUUAACCAUCCAAUCCGCAACGACGAUUGUUUCACGCCACUCCCUAAUGCCUUCUCACAUCCACCUAGCGGUCAACCACGCCAUGCCAGUCAGCCCGUUCCUGGAUCUUACUUUCCCUCAACAAGGCCAUCGCUCACGAAUCGACCUUCGACACGGCACUCGAUGCCUGCUUCAUUCGAAGCAAGACGGCACUCGCACAUCCCACAGAACCCACUAUCGCCUUCCUUCAAUGCUGCAGCAGAGCAUGACGAGGCUUUAAGAGCUAGUCUAUCCAGCUUGUUGUCGGUGGCUGCAGCAGCGCGAGGACUACCGAAGUCAAAUGUAAAACAGCCAACACAGACAGCGCCGCCUCGCAGCAAUCGCAUAGAUCCAGCAACUUUCCGUUUAGUCCCAGAGUCGGCACUAACAACAUCUUCGCCACCACAACUGCAGGAACCCACCUUCAAGCCAACGCUUCGUCGUCUCUCCACUGACUCGACUUCAACGACCUCAGAGCAGUUCAAGGAGCAUAAGCGCAAAGCGGUCACAGCAGGCCGGAGCUCAAGCCGCGAGCGAAGGGCCAUGAAGAAGGCUCGACGAACAACGUCAAGUGAGGAUCUUCAUGUCACGCCCACUCUUCUUACAUGGGUUGUAUCCGCGGGCGUCGUGGUACUUUUCAGCGCAUUGAGCUUCAGCGCAGGAUACAGCGUCGGCAAGGAAGCUGGGAGAAUUGAAGCUUCGACUCUCGCAGCAGAUGAUCAGCUACGUUCGUGUGCUCGAGAGGCCGGCCGUUCCUCACUUGGACUGAAGCGAUCUCUGGCAAGGAGCGCAAUUCAGGUUUGAUUUUACAAUGAUAUGGCAGGCAGAAGCAUUUCUUUUAAGGCGAAAUGCAUUGCGAUGGUGUUUUACGAGAGAUGAUAUCAACUGAUGACGAUCUGGAAAAUGAACGCAACGACGACUAUUUAUUGAGAUGGAGGUCGAUGGACCCGAGGACGAUAUACCACACGAGCUCACAUAGCAUUUUCUCUUUUUCCUACUAUUCAUUCACAUGUGGUGGCGUUUCACUGAGUAGUGGUGUCGGCGGAGGAGUUUCUAAACAAAGAUGGCCUGUGGACGAGAGGACGAUUGGGAAGAAGGAAGGGCGGGGCGAUUCAUCCGAAGGAGAAAACGCCAGCAUAAUUUAUCCCUCACUCAAAUCAUUUUUAUGGCAGGGCGUGCUAGAAGGUCAAGCACGAUCGAUGGCAUGCAUAGCUAGAGUCUGACUAGCACCUUUUGUUUUUUUCAUCUCACUAAAUGUAAUGCAAGACUCAAUCGAUCUCUC